AUUACUUCUGGCUUUCUCUUAAAUCCACUAUCAUGAGGAGAGGAAGAGGCUCUUCCGCCGUCGCCGGACCUACCGCCGUUGCCGCCAUCACCGGCACCGUCAUCAACGGAUCUGUUAAAGAAACACGAUUCAGAGGCGUUAGGAAGAGACCUUGGGGACGAUUCGCAGCUGAGAUCCGUGAUCCAUGGAAAAAAGCUCGUGUCUGGUUAGGUACUUUCGAUUCCGCCGUCGAAGCUGCUCGCGCUUACGACUCCGCCGCUCGUAACCUCCGUGGUCCAAAAGCCAAAACUAAUUUCCCGAUCGAUUCUUCUUCUCCUUCUCCUCAACAACGAUUUAAUCAGAUUCAAAAUCAAAAUCAAAAUCAAGUCGAUCCGUUUAUGGACCACCGGUUAUACGCCGACCAUCAACAACAGUUUCCGAUUGUUAACCGGCCGACUAGUAGCAGCAUGAGCAGCACCGUUGAAUCGUUUAGCGGACCGAGACCUACCACGAUGAAACCGGCCACGACGAAGAGAUAUCCCAGAACUCCACCGGUUGUUCCGGAGGAUUGUCACAGCGAUUGCGAUUCGUCGUCGUCUGUAAUCGACGACGACGACGAUAUCGCAUCGUCAUCGCGGCGACGGAAUCCGCCGUUUCAAUUCGAUCUAAAUUUUCCACCGUUGGAUGAUGUUGACUUGUUCAAUGGCUCUGAUGAUCUUCACUGUACCGAUCUACGUCUCUAAUGAAUGGGUAAAUCGAAAACAAAGUCACAGAUCCGUG